AGUCGGACGUGACUAAGCAACGGAGCAAACAGCACACAAUUACACUUGAACCUUGCCUUCAUUCACCAGAUUGUUACUGGACACCUGUUGAGGGCCAGGAGAUCUGCUAAAGGCCAGUCCCUGGGAAUACAAAGUUUAGCCCAGCCCUGUUCAUUCCUCCACACCCUCUGCGGGAUCCUCCCUGUGGACCUGACCAUGCUAGCCCCGCCCCAUCCUUUACAAAUACUCCUGAGGACAGCCAGCGCCUUAGAUUGCCUAUUGCCCCCUGUUCUGCACUCCCAGGUGUUCCUUUUGUCAUUCCCUGUGCCUGCUCCAAAAAGAUGGAGCCACGCCCACAGGGGCACAGCCAUGGCCAUGGGCACCCCCCUGGCCCUGGGCACCCCCCUGGCCCUGGGCACAGCCACGGAGGCAGGCACCCCCCUGGCCCUGGGCACCCCCCUGGCCCUGGGCACCCCCCUGGCCCUGGGCACAGCCACGGAGGCAGGCACCCCCCUGGCCCUGGGCACCCCCCUGGCCCUGGGCACCCCCCUGGCCCUGGGCACCCUCACCCUCCAUGUCCCCACCCUGGAUCAGGGCACUGUCCUGGAAGGGGCCACCCACCUGGGCCCCCUGGGCAUCCCCCCGGCCCACAUCACUGAGGAAGCAGAAGAAACAGGACCCAAGAAUGGGGAGCAUGAUCUAGCAUGGGGCCUGAACCAGAAUCUUCUGUUCCUAAUAAACAGCCUCCUAGAGGCCAUAUUCUACUCUUAAAA